CCCUUUUCGUCUAUGUGAUCUUCUUAUUUGAUCAUAUUCUCUCCAAACCUUUCCAAACUCAGGCACCAUGUUUCAAGCUAUGGUCUCUGUUUUUACUGUUGUCUGUUACGUCCGUCCUCUCCCUCUGUCUCUAGGGAGAAUGGUAAAACCAUUAGUGAGGAAGACUGAGUCCGACGGUAUCUUUGACCCAGGAAAACAAUUCCAGACCACUUGAUAGUGGAGACCAGUUUUAAAGACGUCUUUAUUGCUCUUUAAAGUCACGGCAGACCUUGUUGCAGCAAAAGGGUUUGGUCUUACCUUAGAAGCAUGAGAGGUGAUGAUGAGACGUGUGAUUACUACAUUAAGAUAAAGACAUUAAAAUGUUACAUUAUAGAACUAGUGUAAUACGAUCGCUAAGGUAAAGUCAGGGUCUAGGACUCAGGUCUUCUCCAGAGCACAAGAGGAGCAUUCCAGAAACUCAUAGCUUGCGUUCUACAGUUCACCCUGACCUUUGACUCGACUAAGGAAGCAGAAACACACAGGUCAAUUCUUCCAAUGCCUUCCUACAAGCAAACCUGUGACUUGCCUCUAAACACUUAUGUGCGGGCUGUGUAUGUUUCAUACUGUGUACCUUCAAAAUAGGUUCAAUUCAUCUAAGUACUUCAUUCCAGAUAAUGUCCUCAAGCUUCAACAUAGCUAGUUUAUUAUUAGCCUUCCAUUUUGUAAAUGGACCACCAGUGAAUGGCAAAAUUUAACAAUUCAUCACUUCCUGCAGAUGCAUUAAUGGCGUGAGCAGCUUCAGUGAUUAAGUUAUGGAGUUGUGGUGGUGCACCAAGAUCUUCUGCAGGUUGGCGACAGUGGCCUUUCCCCUGAUCAUCACAUCGCUACUAUGGCUAACGAUCACCCCCGUCCAGACUGCACCUUCCUGUCCACGGAGCUGUAGCUGUCCAGGUGUUAAAGACGUCCACUGUACUUUCAGACAUCUCACAGCCAUACCAAAAAAUUUUCCCAAAGACACAGAGAGGCUCAAUUUAGGAUAUAAUAGCCUGACUGAGGUGGAAGGGUCCGAAUUCAGGUCACUACGGCAAUUGGAAAUGCUCAUGUUACAUGGUAACGACAUAAGCACUGUCCAAGAUGGAGCAUUUUACAGCUUGCGGUCGCUACAGAUAAUGAAGCUGAGUUACAACAAGCUAACAACAGUGACCCCUGGUUUGUUUGAGGGUCUUGUUGGUCUGGUUCGUCUCCAUCUGGACCACAACCUCAUCAGCUUUAUCGAGCCAUACUCAUUUUCGGGUUUGACUUCUCUCAAACUGUUACAACUGGAGGGAAAUCUUCUUAAAGAGAUCCAUCCUCAUACCUUCAUUACAGUGUCCCUGCUUGGAAACUUUUGGACCUCUGGACUCAAACACUUACACCUUUCAGACAAUCUGUUGGAUCAGCUCCCUGCCUCUGCAUUGAACACAGCUCCCAGGCUGGAGCUCCUCUCUCUUCAUGGUAACCCCUGGACUUGUGAUUGUCAGCUUCACUGGCUGGUACAGUGGAGCUCCACACAUGAAGGAGUAAUAAAGUGUAAAAAGGAACGUGAAACCAGCACAGCUGAGAUUUGUCCCCAGUGUUUCUCACCUCAACCCCUGAACGGUACCCUCUUGCUUGGGUUAACUGAAGACCAGCUUACCUGUGAGAGGCCAGCUCUUCACUCUUCCCUGAAACUCUGGGACAACCCAGUGUGGGCUGAAUCUGAUACAGAACCUGACCUCCCAUACACCCGUGAUCUUGAAAAGCCCUUAGGUGACCUGAGCUUUGCUCUGUCGGAUAGCCAUGGAAAUAAUGCCCACGUGGUGUGCGACGUGCGUCACCCAGGAGACAGUUCACCAAUAAGCUGGACAGUGAAUACACGGACAGCACAAGGGUUGUCUAUUAAUGUAUCAUUGGCAACUGUCCUUGAGUGUGAGAUUGAUCGUGAAAAAUUGCAAAACCUUUGGCAAUUGGUUGCAUAUUACUAUGAAAGUCCUGCUAUUUUGGAGAGAGGUCAACAAAGAGCAAACACGAGCAAAACAACUUAUCAAUAUGCACAAGUUCCAAAUGAGAAUUCCCCUUAUUUUACAGACUUAAAGGGUUAUUUAGUAGGAGAGCCUACAUGGCUGCUUCAACACAGAGUCACUUUAAAGCUUAAUAGGCAGCAAACAACAACCAAGAAACUGGUGAUGGAUUUUACUACAGUGAUCACCAAGCGUAUUAACAGUCAUCAUAGAGGGCAGCAAGACAACACUGACAUUCCUUCUUCUUGGGCAAUGAUUAAUCGUGGAACUGCAGGACGUGUGAAAACUGCUCUGGAGGGCUCAGAGGUUCAUUUAAAAUGCAGUGUUGUCACUUCACAACAGGAUGUGAAAAUGGAGUGGAUGCUUCCAGAUUUGUCCAUUGUGGAGAGUAUUACUGAUAAAGUCAAAAUUGAUGACACAGGGGACCUUGUCAUAAUGAAUACAUCACAAUCUGACUCUGGCCUCUACCACUGUAUGAUCAGAACAAAAGCUGGAGUGGAUUUGAUGUCUCUGAGGCUUACUGUCAAAGAACGAUCACUGAGUCCCACUGCUUUCAAUGGUCAGAAAAUGAUAGUUGAAAAGGGAGGUUCAAUCUCUCUCCCAUGUGAAGUAACAUCAGUGCAACCCAGUCAAACUGUUUGGUACAUGCCCAAAAACAAAGUUCUUCUUCCCACACAAAAGACAAGAAAAGCAACAGUAAUGGAAAAUGGGACUUUGGUGGUAAAGAAAUUGAUGGAAGAGGAUUCAGGGGAGUAUAGUUGUUUGGCCUCAAAUCUCUAUGGCGUUGACAUGCUGUCACACAUAGUGGAAGUCACAGGGGAAAUGGUCUCCCAAAACUCUGAAGUAAAGACAGAAACAGAGCAGCAAAUCUUAAACACUGAUGAGGAAGAGGGUUCAGCGGGAGAUUACCAAGAAACUAGUCGGCGUUUUGUGACACAGGUUUCUAUGGAAGGAAAACAGCAUCGGAGUCCUGAAACAAACAAAAUCCCAAGGAAAGAUCUGAAACGAAAACCCACCAUUAUUGUGAAGAAAUUAGAUCCUAAUUACUGGGCGGAGGUUUUGGCUAAAACCAAUGCUAAACUACCCAUUUCACGGGCCUCAGAGUUGCCGCUACAAGAUUCCACCACUCAAAUUGUCCCAGCCACUUUGCCCAACCCUGCAACUACCAUUUCCUCCUUUCUAAUAUCCAGCAAUUUUCCCAUCACAACAAUUUCUGAUGUUAGGAUUGAGCCAACAACUUUUCUGUUGGAAACGCAACCAAAAACUUCACUGACCCCAUCUGCCAGAAGCACAGAGCCAUCCAAGCAGCAGGUUAUUGAGAUUACCGACAAAAACAAUGGCAUAACUGAGUCUUCAACUGUUGCAACCCAAGCCGAAAAAGCAGAAAACAGAAAUUAUGGUGAAGCUAAAAGGAAAUUUUUUCCUAGUAACUCCAGUCGGAGAAGGCCACCUUUCAGGCGUAGAAAACCUCCAAUGAGAAGAAUUAAACCUGAUCUGAAACCGUUCCGUCAUUCAUCAAACAUGCUUAAUUCUACAGUUUCCCCACCAACAAUCACAACAACUAUUACUACAGUCACUACCACUGCAAUUGGUAAGACAACAUCUGCACUACCUACAGUCACUGCUUACUACCGGACCGAGGAAGACAAAGUCGAUGAAAAAUCUAAUUACAAGGAUAGUGGUGGUUUGGAUGAAAAAAAAGAAUCAAACUCUGAAACACGUCAUACUCUUCAGGAUUUUAAAAAUAGGUUCACCGCAUUUCAAUCAGUUGUAGAAAAAGAAGCCAACUUAGAUAUUCCUCCAGAAGCACAUGUUUUACCUUAUACAAAAACAAAGACAGAAGUUAGUUCUCUCCCAACCAAAAUGACUCUUGUGGAAGAAACAGAGCAAGGUGGUUCAGAAAAGAUAUCUAAAGGAAAGAUGGUGGACCAUCUGGAAGAAAAAGGUCAGACUGAGGGAAUGCACAAAGCCCUCGAGAAAGUCAAAUCUGAGAAUGAGCUGGUCACCCAGAGUUACAAUAUGUGGCAUAAACCUCUUUCCACAAUCCAAACACCAAAACCAAACAGGCAUCCUUCACUGGAACAAAACAGACCAAACCAAACAAGAGGUUCAUCAUCCAAAGUGAUUACUUCACAUGUAAACAAAAACAAAACAAAAGAGGACAGUAUUUACAAGGAAAAUAUAGAGGUGGCUAGAGCAAGAACAAAGCCUGAAAUCCCCCAUGUUCCUAUAGUGCAGCCGAUUCACCCCUGGCUCCACCAGUACAACCAAGGACGAGAACAACCAACAUCUGCACAGGUGCUACAAACACACAAAGACGGAUAUUCAGAAAAACUGAGUGAAGUGGAUCUUAGUAGCCCUCCUUUCCCUCCCCACACUGCACCAACCUCCCGUUGGUCUACAAACCAUCAUCAUUAUCCUGUAUAUCCUCCUUGGCCAGGGCAACGGUCAUUUCUUUAUCCCAAACAAGGUGCUGUGCCACACAUUGUGCCCACACAGGAAGCCAGACCUCAGGGUCAAAACCCAGUUGCUACCAACAGACCGGAGAUCAUAGCUGAAACAGUAAAGCCCACACCCACUCACAGAAGCCAAGUCAGAGAUCAUCUCUUACUGUCAAGGCUGAGGAACAGAUACAGACAGGCGUACGUUGAUCGUCUCUCACAGCUUGGAAAAAUAAUGACACCAAAACCGCGCAUAAACUACGACAAUCCUGUAAACCCAAUUCAACCCAGUCCCAUACCGCUUAACCCAGUCAGAGCCUUCCUUCCCAGACCACAAGCACCAACACCCUCCAAUGCCUUGCGACCUCCAAACUUUGCUAAACCUACAGUGUCGGCAUUCUCUGGUUUCAAUUCAACCCCUCAUCCUCAGCAACCUACCAAAUCAGGAUUACAGCCAGGGAGUCAGUGGCCUGUUCGAGCUGGAAUUGGCUCUCGACAUCCAACUGCUGCACCUCCAUACCCACGGGUGUUCGGAGCUGGGGCUGGUGGGGCAAAACCCCGCAUCACCACAGUAAACAAAGCCAGUGUGUCAGUGCUGGCAGAGGGUGAUGCUGUUCUACAUUGUAAAGCAACAGGGAAUCCUGACCCUAGCAUUGCAUGGACAAAAGUAUCUACAGGUGCCACCAUACCAGCCAACACCAAGCAUGGUUCCCGUUUUGAAGUCUUCAAAAAUGGAACUUUUGUAAUUAAAACAGUCCAGCUUCAGGACAGAGGCCAGUACCUUUGCACUGCCCAGAAUAGGUUUGGAUCAGAUCGUAUGGUAAUCACGUUAGCAGUCCAGACUGAGGCCCCCAAGAUCCAACCUGCCAGGUCUACGGAAAUAGCAAUCUAUUUAGGAAAAAGUGUGACCCUUGAUUGCCUUGCUUCUGGAAAACCACCAGCCCAAAUUUCCUGGAUUCUACCAGAUGGCACAUUUGUUCGUGAAAUUGGGACUGUUCAUUCCCGACUUCCUCAAAUGUCACUACUUGUGAAUGGGACAUUGCAAAUGCCGUCAACAAAUUUCUCCAGUAAAGGAGACUAUAAAUGUAUUGCAAGCAAUGCAGCAGGUGCUGAUACAAUCAUUUAUCAUCUUCAUGUUGCAGCUUUGCCUCCAAGCAUCAGUGAAGCUGCAAGUGACACUGUGAUCAUUCCGGCAGGUAGGGGUCUAUAUGUCCAUUGUUCCUUGAAAGGUGAACCUUUUCCCACUUUGAAGUGGGCACUGCCAUCAGGGGUCCAUGUGAAGCCAUCACAGUUCCUGGGACAUCGGCUCUUUGUCUUUCCCAAUGGGACACUGUAUGUGAAAAAUGUCUCACCAGCUGAUGCAGGGAGGUAUGAAUGUUUGGCCGCAAACACUGUGGGCAUUGCCAAAAGAACUGUGCGGAUUGAAGUGAGGGCAGAUAGCUCCUCAAAUAGCCCCCAUCCUCCUGUUCUUUUCCCCCCUAUUCAGCAUCAUGCUGUUCCAUCCCGUCAGCACUCAGUGUCAGCUAUGUAUGGUUCUGCUGUUUACUUACACUGUCCAGAGUCUAGUGGAUACCCAAGGGGCACCAUCUGGCAACUACCCUCCAAAACCACCAUCGAGCAUCGAUACAGUCCAGAGAGACCAAUUAAAGUUUUCCGGAAUGGGACUCUGAGGAUACUUCAGCUAACAGAGCUGGAUGGCGGAAAUUAUCUGUGUAUCUUUCAGCGACCCAAUGGAGAGGACAUGGAGCUCUUUCGGGUGGAUGUCUUGAUGACGCCGCCCAGAAUCGAACAUGUGAGAACAGCACAAUCAAAAGUGAACUUUGGAGAAAAUGUCCAGGUGGAUUGUGUUGCAACAGGCCUCCCAGAUCCAGAAGUCUCUUGGAGCCUACCAGAUGGAACACUAAUCAACAAUGCACUUCAGUCUGACGACAGUGGCUAUCGCAACCGCCGAUAUGUUAUUUUUGACAAUGGAACAUUACUUCUCCAUCAAAUGGGCAAAAAAGAUGAGGGUGACUACACUUGUUAUGCAAAGAACAAACUGGGUAAAGAUGAGAGAAAAGUUAGUGUCAAAGUUGGACCAAACGCCCCAAGAAUUAGUUUUCAAUCCCAGUCACUGAUAACUGUGAAAUAUGGAGAGUUCGCUAAAAUGAGCUGUCAAGCAACAGGUGAACCAACACCAAGGAUCUUUUGGAUCUCACCACGUAACGAUGUGAUCCCAACAUCAUCAGACAAGUUUGACAUUAUGGAAAAUGGUAUGUUAGUGGUGAAAAGAGUAACGCUUGCUGAUGAAGGGAAAUAUGCAUGUGUGGCACGAAAUUCUGCUGGUGAUGACGUAAAAAAUGUACUUCUUGAGGUUGAAUUCCGGGAACCCUUUAUUAAUGGCAAAAAAGGAAAGACUUCCAGAAAUGUUGUCGGUGUUUCUUAUCAAACAGUGCUAUUGGACUGCAAGGUGGAAGGGAAACCUGUGCCAAAAGUUUGGUGGGUUACCCCUUAUGGCCACUCGCUUCAAACUUCCUACCUCAGCGGCCGCUUCCAAGUCCACCAAAAUGGCAGUUUGGAGGUGAGAGGGGCAAGGAAGACAGAUGGAGGCAGGUACAUGUGUAUGGCCAAAAACCAUCUAGGUGAAGCAUCAUUAGUAAUUGAAUUAGAUGUGGCGCCAAUAGCAGAGAAGCCAAGUUUCGCUGUUCCUAAUAUUGAAAUCAUAUCAAUUCAACAAUAUGGCAGGGAAUUGUACCUGCAGUGCCCUGCUCGUGGCAAGCCAAACCCUGAGUUUGUGUGGGUGCUACCUAAUGGAACAAUGUUAAUGCCUGGUUUUAGACUCCAACGCUUUACCCACCAUCAGGGCAACGGCACUCUGUGGAUCUCUCAGCUGGCUGCAAGCGAUAAGGGAGUUUACAGGUGUCUAGCAAAGAAUAUAGCGGGACAAGCAGAGAAGCGCUAUGCACUGGAAGCGGGCAGAAAGCCGACAAUCAGAGGACCCGCAGGUGGGAUAAAGAUCACCUACGGCCAAACUCUCAACUUGCCCUGCACUGUGGAAGGCUGGCCACAGGCGUCGAUCGCAUGGACCCUACCCAAUGGCUUCACUUUGGAUAAACCUCAGUCCGUUGGGCGAGUUACGUUUCUUGCCAAUGGGACCCUCCAGAUGAGGCAGAUUGCUACUUUUGACAAAGGGACAUAUAUAUGCAAAGCCUCAAAUGCAUUUGGCUCAUCAACAUUGUCAUACCCUAUCACGGUAAUGGUUCAUCCACCACGCGUCACCAGUAUGCUACCCUCCAUCACCAGAGUCAGUCGGGGAUCGCCAGUGAGGUUAAAUUGUGUUGCUACUGGUGUUCCCAAGCCAGAAAUUUCAUGGACUCUACCUGGCAGUACUACAUUGGUUCCACAUAACCACUACAUAGUCCAAGGAGGGAUCCACAUGACAGAGGAUGGUAGCUUGGUUAUUCAGAACCCUGUGCUCAUGAACUCUGGUAUCUAUAAAUGCAAUGCUAAAAAUGCCCUUGGAACAGAUUUUAAGUCUACAUACCUACAAGUGGUGUGAGUGUCAUGAUGUUACUUAUUUGUUGUGAGGAUUGUGAGGUUAAGGAGUUCUCCCAGCAGGGUUAAGACUUAAUGAUUUGUCCAUAAGGGCGUUAGUAACCGUCUAUUAUACAACAAUUAGGAUGCCAUGGAGAAAAGCCACUAGCUGUCUAGCCAUAGGCAGCCUGAUGUUUUGCAUUUAAUGUCCUCACCACACAUUAAAAUGCAUUGGGCGCGUUACCUCGACCUCUUACCUCUGGCUACAUGAUGCAGCUUUGGAUAAGUUGUGAUUUCAAUAAAAGGAUACUCUGAAGUGGGGACUGCAUUGUAAGAAUGGAUCUAUCUUGUAUGUACCCAUUUGAUGUACAUAGAAUGAAUUUGUUCUGUACAUGAUAGAAAAUCAUAUACUCAUACUGUAUAUUUGCAAAUCAUUUGUAUCAGUGGCAUUUAUUCAUGUGCAGUAAUGCAGGAAAAUAGUUAACAGACGUAUAGCAAAUUUUUGAAUGGUAGAUACACAGAUUAAGUCAAUUAAUGUGUCAAAGGCUUGGAAAUUAAAUCGCAUAGAUGGAGCCUCAUUGACAAUGUAGAACUUCUUUCUUUCAAUCACACUGCCGAUGUGCUUCAUGGGAGAAUAGGUCAUACCUAGAAAUCCUCGAUAUUGGCUUUCUUCUCUAUAUCCGAUAUGCCGAAACUGUCCAACACUUAAUUUGCAAUAUCGUUAUCUACCGAUACCGAUAAAUGCAGAGCUCUUCCCUCAAACUAAUGUCAGAUCACAUUUCAUGUAAUGAAUGAACAAGUGGUGAGUAGUGAAGGAAGACACCAUACUCUCCCCUCACAUAACUAGUGCUUUAAAGUCAUUGCAAAUUGCUUGUUUACAAUCCAAAUUCAAAAUUUGGAAAUGACUCCAGACCGCAGACGUACCGGGCUAGUAAGCUUGUUGCUCUCUGGAGCAUGGUGCAGUCUGAUGAGGUCAUGACUCAUACGCUGGUAAAGGUUACAUGCACACAUACCAAGCAUUAUCCAUUCAUCCAUGCAAUACCUUAUCCGAUAUAAUUCGGCAGAAAUACCAAUACGGGCGAUAACAUCAGUUGGUCGAUAGUAUUGGACAUACACUGGACAUACAGUCAUACCAGAUUCCCGAUCAAUCAAAGGUGGCCACUGACGAAGUCAAUGACAAAAUAUGCCCAUAUUAAUAUAAAAGUUUACUAUAUGAAAGUAAAUAUAUUCUAAAAAAGAUAAAUGCAGUCUCAUUAGCGAUUCUAAUGGGUUGGAUCUUAUUAUGACAGUGCUCAUGAAGGCAAUGCUUCACAAAGCCUAUUCAUUUAAGUCAUUCUCAGACUGUUCCUUCAUCACCACAAGAAUAAAAUGUUUGUACUGUAAGCACAUUUUAGAUUUCUAUCAGCUAUACUGCAAAGGCAGUGAUACCCUGAAAUAUUAUUUUGGGUACAUUAUUACAAUGGGUACGUUAUUACAAUGUGUAUGUUUAAAGAUGAUCAAUUUGCUUUUGUAUGGCAUCGGCAGACAGGUGAUGAUCAGUUGAUCUUAAAGAGGUCUACUGUAACCCUGCCUUCUCCUGUAGCACCACUCAGACGUUCGUGAUUGUGGUUUAACACACUUAGCAACAUUUACUUUAUGAUUGAUGAAGGGUGCCCUUCAGGAGGCUUAUGUAGGGUGGCCCAUGUGCUACAACCCUGUAGCAUAUCAUUUAUAUACAGUAAUUCCCUAGUUUAUCAAGAUUAAUUGCUAAGCGCUGGUGGUGUAGUUUUGAGCCAGCUGCAAACAGUCCCUUUCAUGAAAACACAUUAAAGUGUUUAAAGUGCACUUUGAAUUUGAAGUACAGUCGUUCCUCGUUUAUCGCAGUGAACUGGUUCCAGAAGUGAAUUUGGUGAUCUGGCAAUCACGUCUGCUGCUUGUCUCACUGAACAAAUACUGACACCUAGUGGCCAAUGUAGAAUACUACAUUCACAAUUAGAAUGCAAAGACACCGCAAGAAAGAAGGAGACACACUCCAAGACACACUCUUGGGUCACGACCCACCAGUUAAGAAUCACUGCCCUUGGGGACCUGAAAGAGAGGAACGGCCUCAAAAGUAGCCCGUGUUUUUAUUGUGCCUAUUGUGAGAUAAUUCAAUCAAGAGUGUUUCACCAAACAUUACAGUAGCACUGUUGACUCCUAGUUACAAGUGUAGAAUACUACAGUAUAUAGCGUCACGUCUUUGAAUGCGUCGUCUGAAUGCCUUGUAUUUGUAGUUUUCUCCAUGUAGCUGCUUCAGAAUGCUUAAUUUAGGAAAAAAGAAUGUAACAUUUGCUUAAAUAUGCACGUUUUUGCUAAUAAUAGGCCAUAUUCAACCACGACACAGCAUGAUUUAUUAAUUAAUAUGAAAACCGUGAGAGCGUGAAGCCUCGAAAUUUGAACCGCGAUGUGGCGAGGGACGACUGUAGUACAUAUCAUUUAAAAUGGCUUUUUCUUCAGGUUUUAGAGAUGAAAUCGGUUUCUAUCUUUGUUUGUUUUGUCGUGAAUCAGUCAUAAAGGAUACAAUUCAGGUUUAUGAUGUCCAGGAUUAUUGACGCAUUUAUCAUCACCAGUGUUUACUUAGGGAGUAUUUGCAUGAGCAGAAUAAAACGUGUUGUACGCAGAUGUGUAUACUGUGUAUAUAAAUGCAUGCUAUAUUUCAGUUAGUUUUCACCAGAAUGUGAAUGUCUCACUCUGUCUCACUUCCACACAAAUGAGUCUUUGACGACGGAAGAAGGCAGCUUUGUCAAACACAAAUGUUGGGAUUGUUCCUCACAUCUUGUGUUGCUGUGCAUGUGUGUGUGAGUGGGAGAUUAUGUUUAUGUUGCUUUGAGAAAAAGAGACUCUGUGCAAAAGAGAUUGUGUCUCUCUGGGGGAUUGUUCGCCGCCAUGAGUGUGUGUGUUGUGUGUAUAACAAAGACACUGACAAAAAAUGAGGGAAAGUGUGUUUCAUAUCAAAUACAAGUGUGUGUCAGAAUGGAGGCAAAGCCGCUUAAGUGUCUGGCAGCAUUUUUUUAUGCCAACAUUUUUGUAAAUGCUGAGUGACACAGAUCUUCUGUCUUAUGUUCAUACUUGCUCUCAAGUUGUAUUCUACAUUCUUGACAUUAUUGCCGUACAAGGUGCACAAGGCUUGGAUUAAUUUGUAAAAAAAAAAAAAAAAAACUGUCUGGGAGUUAUUAUUAAUAAAUCUGUACCUACCUAACGAGCAAUAAUUUACAAAGAAGAACGCAAUGAU